AUGUCGUACGCAUCGAAAGCAGCUCGCCCAGCUCCUAUCCAGCAGUUUGCCAUCCGGACGAGGCUGGCGGAGUCGGACCCGAUCGUCUCCUGCACCAACCUCUUCGACUGGGGCUACGAGCCAGCGCACGUGAUGCUGGAUGAGCCACUGUGCCGGAGGGAGGAGGAGGAGGAGGAGCUCGGGGCCGACGUGACCUCGGUGGGCUGCAUCUGUGCUCAGAUGAGCAUCCUGAUCGACAAGGAGGCGCAGUUGCUCUACAUGCAGCUGCAGAAGGAGUGCGGCCAGCUGUUCCCCAGCUUGUCCCUCCGGGACGCUCUGGAUCAGCUGAGGAUGCUGGAGCUGUUCCCCUCCCUAGCUGAGAGACUGCAGCUCGAGCCCAGCUCGGACAAGUCGGUGACGUUCAAGGAGUACAUCAACCACAUCGCACUCCUCCACCAGACCCUCGCCAUGGCCUCCCAGAUCCGGGCUGACCUCAGCAGCAGCAACCACAAGUACAUGGCCCACCAGAUCGCCCUGCUGUACCAGUCGCUGAGCUACGGCAACAUGAAGGGCGCAAACUUCAAGGCCCAGAUCGAGGAGCAGUUCCCAGCCAUUAAGAAGGUCACGGAGGAGUCCCAGGCACCGCAAUUGAGCAAGGAGCAUUGCGAUUGGCUGCGGAGCAUCACUACACAAAUCAUCGAGAGCUGCACUGACCUCACAGCGCCGUCAAGUCAGUACAUCCAGCCAUGGAUGGUCGUCUUCAGCGACACAUGA